GUUCGGCCCGAAUCUCUAUAAGAUCUGAAGGAUUUUUUCUCUUUUUCUUUGGCUUUGAUGUCAUAUUCCCAUACACAAGGACAAUACCAUGUACGACUGGUCCAUGUAUUUCCCACACUCCGGUCAAGCAUUUAGCGGUUCCCACGUCUUUGCGGCCUUCUCGCUUCAUUUACUAAACUAGACAGAGCCAUCCCGGUUAUCAACCCGUUGGAUAUGUCUCAACUCGCGUGGUUCCUGUUUUGCGAUUGGCUAUUCCGGUGCGGGUCUUAUACUUGUCUCUCCCCGGUAAAUUCAGCAUGGUAGUUGGGACGGAGUAGACGUACAUUAAUAAACCCGUGGCUUUGGCCUCGCAAGCUCUUCCCCGAUGGUGGGGGCUAGUAUCUGCUCAGCCAUGCUGACUCGUACUUAUACUUCUCGAUUCUGAAUAUUGAUGCCUGAUUCCUUGUCCUUCGUUGGGGCUCCUCUGAUCUAGGCAAUUGGUCUUGUUGUCUAUAAAGCUCUACUGAGCCGCUUAGAGCAUCGUCGUUAAAUCUCUCUAUCCAAAUACAGAUAUACCGUCGGUCUUUUCUUUCGAUACAUUUUUCGACGUUUAUUUACUUCCUUCGAUAUGGCUGAUAGACUUCAGCUGGAAGUUGGAUGCCACGCCCCUGUCGAUGGUGUGGAAAGCUCAUACGGAUACGUUCCUACGCUGGCAGCAGGCAUCGCCUAUUGCACACUCUUCGGUCUCUCGAUGAUCAUGCAUACAGUCCAAAUGACUUGGAAGCGAACAUGGUGGACGAGCGUGUUCAGCAUCGGAUGUUUGGUCGAAGUCAUCGGCUGGGCAGGCCGUACCUGGUCAUCCAAAUGCCCAUAUAACUCAACCGCAUUCCUAAUGCAAAUCUCCACCCUCAUCAUCGCCCCAACCUUCUACACAGCAGGCAUCUACAUCCUCCUAGGCCGCUUCAUCCAACUCCUCGGCAACGAAUCCUCAAUCCUAAAGCCAAAACUCUACCUCUGGAUCUUCUGCACCUGCGACGUAAUCUCCCUGGUCGUUCAAGCCGUCGGCGGCGGCAUGGCCUCAGGAGAAGCCGGCAAGAUUGACGGUGAUACCGCGCCAGGCACGCACAUCAUGGUUGCCGGCAUUGUCUUCCAGCUGUUCUCGAUUACCAUCUUUGUAUUCUGCGCAGCUGACUUUGUCCGUCGCACGAUGCGUCGCCGGCUGCUGCAGUCGCUUACUGGCUCGGUUAUUCCUUUGUUUGCUGCGAUGGUGUUGUCCAUUGUUUGCAUCUAUAUUCGGAGUAUUUAUCGGACUAUUGAGUUGUCGCAGGGUUGGUCGGGGUACCUUAUUACCCAUGAAAGUUACUUUAUUGCGCUUGAUGGUGCUAUGAUGAUUGUUUCGGUGGCUGUCUUUAAUGUGCUUCAUCCUGGUUGGUUGUUGCCUAGUGGAAAGACCAUUUCCUCGAAGGGGGAGAGAUCUUCUACUGAUGGGCUGGAAAUGAAUCGUUCUGCUGAUGGGUUGGAGGUGAAUCGCGGUCCGCCUCUUCAUUAUUGAGUGCUGUUCGUUUUGUUAUUCGAUUUCUUUUGGUGUUUUUGGUGUGGCUUUGUUUCUAUAUACCAGUGUUUGUUUGUGAUUGCCCUAGAAGAUAGAUAAUAGCGAGCAGCGAUUGAUAUUCAGGAGAUAAUUAGUGUUGAUAUAGACUUUUGAUUAAACUUAACGGCAACGUAUAUUCAGGAUGCCCUAUUAAAACAUGAUCUGAAGGGUAAUCGACGAGCGGAAAACCAUCAAGCACCG